GAGCCCGCGUCCGUCACCGACUUAACCGCGACCCCGCCACAGAUCGUGAGCCGCUUGUGUCCGAAACCCCGAUUCGCCCCCACCCCCCGCCCCCUCUGUGAACCUGUGCAGUGUCAGUGAAUUACCGCCCCCAAGAGGGAUUUACCGUCUUCAACCCUGUGUUAACUGGAUUCUUUGGAUAUUCCCAUUAUAAAAUUCAUCUCCUGAGCAGCUGGAUUUGACACCUUCUCGCAUGCAAAUGAGCUCGACCCUGCGCUCUGCGGCGAUUCCAUUCCCACCUCCACGACUAAGGAGCCCCGGCGACUGUUGGAGCUCGGUGGCCCGCUGAGCGGUGGACGGUGCACGUUCGACGGCCGACACUCCUGCCACAGAGACGUCACGUCGGAAUGAGGCCGGGGGCAACGUCACAGCGCGACGUCUGAACGCGCAUGAGCCCCGAUUAUACGUUGGACCGCCCCCGCCCCCACCCCGCCGCGAGACACACCGCUCCGCAUCUCUACCCUCAGUCCUAGGAGGCGUGAGGCGUGAUGGCAUGGCUGCUUGAGGCGGUGGCGACGCUGUUGGUGCUGCGGGUGGGGCUGGCGGCGGCGCAAUGCCCGUGGCAGCGGGAGCUAUCGGAGCUCCAGUCGGCCUGCAUCUGCGCCUACAACCUCGGCCAACAGCUGAGCGUCCAGUGCGACAUGGUCGACUUCCCGCUCCUGCUGAAAGCCCUCGACAAGUACGCCCGCUCGGUUCCGCUCGACUUCCUCUACGUCAACAACAGCUCCGUCAAGCUCCUCCAGGAGAACGCCUUCCUCAACAUCCACGUGCUCAGCCUCCAGCUCUCCGGCUGCAGGAUCCGCUCCAUCGCCCCCGGGGCCUUCAACGGCCUCGAGCAUACCCUCAAGAACCUCAACCUACAGGACAACGAGCUUGAGGACAUCCCGGUGGAAUCGCUGAAAGCGCUGAAGAACCUGACCCUGCUGGACCUGUCGCGGAACAAACUGACGCAGGUGCCGGACGAUGCCUUCGCGUGGCUCACGAACCUGGGGACCCUGAAGUUGGCCGACAACAACGUCACGUUGUCCCGCCACGCCUUCCGCGGCCUCGAGACCUCCCUCAAGAACCUCAACCUCAAGGCCACCCGCCAGAAGGUCAUCCCUGAGGCCAUCCGAGGACUUAGCGCCCUAGCUUUUCUCGACCUCGCACACAACAUCCUAUCCGAGCUACCAGGAACCGGUAGUUCUGGUGUCUUCCAGGGUCUAGACUCUCUCACCGCGCUAAACCUGGAGAGAAAUGUUAUCCAAGCAGUUGGGCCUACCACUUUUGUCGGCGUCAAGAAUACACUCAGCUCCCUCAGUUUGCUCAAUAAUCUCCUCACUGAAUUCCCGUCUGCUGCCAUAAACACGCUCUCCGAGCUUAGGGUCCUGGAUAUCGGUUUCAACCUGAUAACGACGCUGCCCUCGGAGGCGUUCUCCGGGAACCCGUCGCUGACCCUGCUGGCCCUGGACGGGAACCCGAUCGCCACGAUCCCGGUCAACACCCUGGCCCACCUCAACGACACGCUCCGCGGCCUGAGCCUCGGCGGGCACUUCCUCCAGUGCGACUGCCGCCUCAAGUGGGUCAUCGAGUGGAUCAAGCACGGCGACCUCCAGGUCACCAGCCGCGAGCGCAACCCCCAGUUCUGCGCCGCCCCCGCCCAUCUCCGGGACAAGAGCUUCUACAACAUCAAGGCCGACGAUCUUGUUUGCAAGGGGAAGACAGAGCCAGUGGGCGUGGCCUCGGUCUCGACUGCGGCCAUAGACGACGCCAUCAGUCCAACACUGGAACUGGGCGCCGGAGUGGGCUACGCGGAGGUGGCCAAGGCGUCGCCGGUGCCGCCCCUGGCGCCCACCGCGCGCCCCUCGCCCGCCGUCAAGCAAUACCGCACCACGACCAGAACCACGACCACCACUACAACCCCCGCGCCCACCACGACGACGACGACGACCACCACCACAACAGAGGCGCCCACUACCUCUACCACCACCCCCAGGCCCACCACCACAAAGAGGGGUAGUGUCCUCGUGUCCAAGGCAACGUUACCUCCAUGGCAACAACAGCACAGACCGAACUUGGUAUUGGGACACCAACCGGCAUCUUCUCAACAAGAGGUUGUUGUUAAAAACGCUCUCAGGCAAGACAACUCUGUCAUCAUUCAGUGGGACUCAGACACAGCAAAUAUUCUUGGUUUCCGAGUCAUCUACCGGCUUUUUGGUGAUAAAAGUUUCAAACAAGGCCCACCACUUGAGGCCAGUGAGCGAGAGUUCAAAAUCAAAAAUGUUCCGUCUCAGGAAUGCAUUAUUGUGUGCGUCAUUUCUUUGGAAGACAACAACGUCACUCCUGAAACAGUACCAUACAACCAAUGCAAGGAAGUGAGGACUGUUGCAUCAGCCACUAACAAUAUGGACAAAAUUACCAUCGCAGCAAGUGCUGCGAUCGUUGGCACCAUUGUCAUAGCGGCUGUAAUAUUUGCAGUGACCUGCAAACGCCGAUCGAGAAAAAUGGCAACGAUACCAUCGCAUGGUGGUAAACUUGGUAUACCAGUGGGUGGAAUACCAGUUCCCUGCUGUCCUGCAUCUAGUCCCGGACCAAUGUCAUCAUUGGCAACUCUUAGUGCCUUCGCAUCACAUAAGGAUUGGGACCAGACAUCCGUUUAUAGUAAUAAAAGCAUCAAUAGGCCUAGAAUGCACUAUGUAGAUAGACAAGGUACAUUGACACGAGGGUGUGCAACAGAUGAACUACAUUCACACAUGUCACAAUUUGGUGGUUCAAAGCCAUCGAAAACUCGCUCAAUUGCUGAUGGUCAGUCACAACACAGCUUCUCAAAUCAUUCGGCAAGAUAUUUAACUGGUGGCAACAGUUUUGCUUCAGGAUUAGUUAACACAAGACCAGAGUUACGACAAAGUCGUCAAUCACUAGCAGUAUCCGACCGCAUGUCUCGCGCAAGUUACCCUGCCGCAUCACACCACCAUCAAGCCCGGCGACAGAGACCCAGGUCACGAACAAAAGAGAUGGGCACCAGACCUGGCAGUCGCUACAGUAUGGCAGGCAGCACGCACACGCUCAACAACUACUGCGGAGAUACGUCCGAUAACUGGACCGACCAUGACAUGGACAUUUACAUGACAAGAAACCCAACAGCCAGAGGGGGCCUCAUACCUCUAUGAUGAGAACUGACCUUUUAGUGUGAGUUUGAUAGAUUUAAAUGAAGGAUCCCAUGACGUUGGCUAUCAGUUUUGAUUUGUUUCACUUGAAAAUGCAAAUACUGAUUAGAUUGAUAAAACAGAGCAUUAAAAUGAAGGUUGAUAUUGAAAUACAAAAAUCAAAGCUCACAGAGUGAAAUAAAUGGAUAAAUUUCUGUAAUGUCUGUUACCUUCUUUGAAUAGUUAAGAAGGGGAUAGAGGUCCCGGAAAUACUUACUUCAUUUAAUUUCAUUAUUUGAGUUUUGAGUUUUUCAUUUCAAGUGAAAUUUAUGUUUUUGCAUUCUGAUUCAUCAGUUUUGUACUUGAAGUUCAUUACCUUGGGUUUCUUGGUUUCCUAAUUGUUCUUUAGCUUAUUAAAACAUAAGAUGGGAGAAUUAUUGCCAAAAUUAAGAUAAAUGAGCAAGGAAAUAUCAAUGGAUACAGUCAUUUAAGAAAGGAACUUCUGAGGGCACUUUUCCUAUUUUUCCCUGUCUAACCAAGGGGAAAAGAAAAUAUCUCAUUUGAAUCAAAUUUGCAUUUUCCUAGUGAAACUUGCCAAAACUUGGACCAAAGGUACAGGUCCAAUGCAAAAACUCUUGCGACUCAAUGCAGAAGCAAGAUAUUAAAGCUUUCCUCUCACAGACAGUGAUAGAAAAUAACCGAUCAGGUUUUCAUAAUGUGCCUUAAUAUAUGUUACUCUGAGGCUUCAAAGGAAAUUGCGUCUACAAGAAUCAGAAUUUCUUUCAACCCUCUGAAUUUAGCCCAGAACUAGUGAGCAUAACAGAAAGGAGGCAGGUAUUUUCUUUCUAUUCUUUCAAAACGAGGGUGCUAAAAUCGGACAGCAUGCUCAGAGCUGUCAGAGUAGAUAAUUUUUCCCCCAUUAUGAGAUCUCUUCCCUUGUAAUAUACUUUCUUUAAAUUAAUUUUUUUUUUCCAAAAAGGCAACAUGAACCUUACCAACUGAAGAUACUGCUAAAAAUAUUAUCUCUAAUAAAAGAUAUUUCUCUAAGUUAAGUUCUUGGACAAGCGAUUACCAAUUGUAUCGAAUAGCACCUGUAUACAUUGCUGCUAGGUAGACUUUUCAUCUUAAUUUUGGAUUAUGAUUGUAAAUAAUUUGUAAUUAACAGAACUUUUACAGAACUUCUCCCUUUUUUGAAUAUAAAUUUAAAUUAAUUUAAUCACAGUUAACGAUCAUACCUCAAAGAAACUGGUAUGAUGCAUGCAAAUCAAAAUACACAAUGAAAAAUACCAUUAAAAAAUUGUAAAUAUAAUACGAUCACGAGAUGCAACAAGAAGCAGACACUUGAGUCUUUUCUGUCUUAAAACAAUUUACCUUCAAACUUUUCCAACGCAAGUAAGUUUCUAAGAACUUGAUUACCAUUGUUUAAGCUACUCACUAAAUCUAGUCAAUAGUUUGGUUGACUUCAAAGAAUAUUACCUCAGAGUGACAGAAAUAUUUGCUGGAAAGGACAAUUUUUACUCUCUUUGUUAAAGGUCUUAAACGAUAAUACUGAACUUGGUAAUGUGACAUGUAAAUUACCACAAUGUAGAAAAAAAAAGGAUCACUCAGUCCUUAAUUUCCUAUUCUUAAUACUUGACUAAUGACUUUUAAAACUGUUCUCAUCUAUGAAAGUUUCAUAUGCUUGAAAAUUUAAACAAUUAACAAGAAAAUUAACGGAAAUUCCUUGUAGAUACAAGUAUUUUUUCCCAAUUGAUAACGAAAUGCAGCUUCAAGUAUCUUUAGUUUAUGAUUCUUGAUUAUUGUAAUUAUUUUGUUGUGAUAGCUCAUACUUUCAUCACUGAUAAUUGUUCAUAUUUUUUUACGAAUCAUUAGUUUGUUGUAAAUAAUAUUAAUUAUUAAUUAAUGAUAUAAAAAAAUAAAUACUGGCGUAAAUA